UUCAUCCCUUUCCACAAGCCGUAGGCAUGUGUUGGAGUCCGCCCUAUCUUUGAUUAGCGACUUCAGCAAUCCCUCACACUCAGUCGAAAGCUCAAGCUAUGACCAAGUACCAGAUGGUGAUACACCAGGUAAUGUGGGGCUUUCAGAAUUGUUCUUCAUGAUGAUGAAUCCUUGUCCCGAUUAUUCUACGCCAUGGAAACUUCACUGGCCCGAUCACAUAUCUCUCGAGAGGUUUGAAACUAUGUGUCUGGCGGUUGUGAAUAGUCAGGCGACCGGCCAGAUAGCAUCUCAGUAUAAGGUCUGUAUAUUUGCAAGAGCAGUAACCUACAUUAACAGAUGGCUGCGUAUCUGUACGUCCAGCGACCUGGCACAAGCUCUAGAAGCUUCGAAGAAAAAGUAUAUAACAGCUGCCCUUCGGUCAAUUCGCGAACUUGAUAUUCUGCACAAACCAAGCCUAUUGAUGCUUCAGUCUUUGCUUUCGGCAGUCAACUUGAUGCAAACUUUGGGUGAUACAACGCAAGCUUGGACCUUCACGGCGUUUGCGUCGAGACUCCUAGUAGCACUAGGUUAUCAUAGCAUGGAUUCAAGGAUGCUUGAAGAGUGUGACAGGUCUCAUGACAUCCGUCGUUGUAUACGAUGGUGCUACUACUUUGAUAAGGUUCUGAGCAUGCUUCUGGUGCGACCACCAUCCUUGCCAGCGCUAAGUGUUGAGCCAACCUCUUUACUUCUGUCAAGACAAGCAGACCCGUUAGACAUGAAAGCCAACAUCUUGAUCAAGCUGGCACAUGUGCUGGAUGGUGCCCUGUCUGUGCUAACACCAGGUGAUGGAAUCCCUGACAACCAGGCCCUGGGGGCUAUUACCCGCUUAGAAGCCGAAUUGCAAGACAUAUGGGAGGAGCUGUGUGAGGCAAGAGCAAACUCGAGCGGCACAUUGGAACUGCGCUUGGAAUGGGAUGCAGUGGACUUUACCUAUCAUUCUAUCAUAACAACAGUCUUGCGACUCAAUUCGGUUUCCUUACAUGAUCAUCGUGUGCGUGAACGCUGUUUAUCUCAUGCCCGCAGAGCACUACGAUCUAUGAAUGUGCUUCAAAAUCAUAUCUUGCGAGGUGAACAAGUUUACCAUGAUUUUGUGUUCUGGACUGUGCUUCUCUACCCUCUUACACCUUUUUUUAUCAUUUUUUGCAAUGUCAUUGCAACGUCCAAUCGCGAGGAUUAUAAUCUCCUAACCCAAAUAACAGCGGCCUUAUCCCGCAUCAAGGAAUAUAACCCUUCUAUACUCCGUUUACACGGGCUAUUUUCCCAGUUCACAGCCUUUUGCGAUCAGCUUUAUGAAACCAUCGCUCAGGACGCUUCACAGCAGCAUGAGCAAACCACAGAGGCAAUCAGAAGCCAGCCCACUGAAGUUACUGUAUCUAAUGACGUUAACGUAUCAGUGUAUCCCCAGCUUCAUGAGUCAAUUACCGCAAGGGCACACCGCAGUGAUAGCACUCAACUAGGAAGCUCAGAGCAACAGGUGUUGUAUUCGCAAGCACUCGAGGCUGGAGGGCUAUCUCACCAAACGUCGUCAAUGUGGGAUGAUGGACUUAUGUGGGAGCUUUUCAAUAUCCAGCCAACGGUUGAAUGGUUCGAUGCGGGGUACAAAGAUAGUGCGACUGGGAUAUAAUAUAGUAUUAUAAUGAAUCUACGCCAAUCUU